CUGAGGAUUAACUUUUUUAGUAUCAAAUUUUUAGUACUUCUUAAUUAUCUAUACAUAUAUAAGAUGCCCUUAUUUGUAAUUUAUCUUUGUAAUAUUGUCGAUGUUAGACAUUGUGAGCAAAGAUUAUUUAUUAAAAGCAGACAAAGAGCUUCUUUUUAAUCGCUAUUCAUUUGAGUAAGUUGUGUGUUGUAUUUGCUGUUCAAAACGGGUGUGCUCAAUAACAUCGACAUCACGAUGACGUGAUGAUUCGCGGUGUGAUGACGAAGAGGCGUGUCAUUUCAAUUAAAAUAAAGUGUAAAUAAGUCAUAAAAUAUUUUAGAAACUGUGUUACAGUUGUAAACAUUGUAAACACGUUCGUUUCUAUUUACAUAAUUUAAGGCUAUUGUUUGCAUUUGUAAAAAAGCUUCUUUAUUUCUCAUUUGUACAAAUGUUUAAAUCUAAUUUGUAAUAACAAUAGAACGAAUUAAUAUAGUAUAUAAUAUAAUAUAGAAUAUAAAACGUGCUCAAAUACACUAAAUUUUUGCAUGUAAAAUCCUCGAAGGUCUAACAAACCUACAUUAAUAAGUUUAAAAAUGCUCAUUGUGUUUGUAGGGUGUAUGUAGUGUUGAAAGUCAUUUUCUACAAUAUUGUAGCAUAAUUAUUUACAACCAAACGAAAAUUGCCCUCUAGAUUUAGUACGCAUGUUCCUAAAAACUAAAAUUACACCUUACCGAAAGCUUCUCUUACAUACUGACGUAUCGAGUAUUCAAUGACGAGGCUUUAGACUCUGUCUUCAAUCAUAUGUUUGUUUUCAAUGUUUUGUUUUGAUUUAGGUUUUUAUUUAUCAUAUCGCAUUAUUGUUUCGCACCUGUUUUCUUUGCUCGAUUUUGCCACAAUUCACUCGCACUUUUUAAUGACCGCCGUUGCGACACACUCUGUUUGCUAAAUUAAACGCGCUCGCGUCCACAGCGAAUUUUUGAAAAUUUGCCAACAAUUUGUGAUGUGCUGAAAUUCCGCAUGUGUAUUGUAACAAGAGCGAGGCGCUGGAUGUGCUGAAGCUGCACAAGGAGGCUCGUUUACGUGAAUUCAAUAAUGAAAGUGAUGCGAAAAAAUUUGCCAACACUGGACAUGAAGUGGUGGCGCCACCGCGUCAUGCCGACAGCAAAUCAUCCAUUGCAAUGGAAAAGGCGGCAUUUCGUGGACCCACUAAACAGGAACUGAUUGAAUUUCGCAAAAUAAUCGAGUCCGGCGAUUAUGAACGGGUAAAAACCAUGAUUUGGGAUAAUCCCCGUUAUUUGGUGAGCGCUGGUGACACACCCACCACACUAAAGGAGGGAUAUCGAUAUAAUGCUAUGCACAUUUGUGCAAUAUCCGUCAAACCGCGCAUUGCUGAGUUGAUUUUGAAAACAGUAAGCGAUACAAAAUUUGUGGAUUUGCUUACGGGAAAGAAAAACGACGUAAAAAUGUGCAAGGAAUUGUGUGUGAAUUUAUUGGAUUACUAUUUGAAUAUCCCAGAAAAGGGUCGUAGCGAGACACCGUUACAUUUCGCAGCGAAGACCGGUGCUUUUGAAAUGGUGGAGCUGUUAACUACUUUCCCGGAAUGCAAAAUGGCACCUAAUUCGGAGGGCUUGUAUCCCAAAGAUAUAAUAUGUUCAAGAGUUCCAAAUGCUACGCCAGAAUUAAAAAAGAAGAUCGAAGCACUGCUCGACGAGCGUUUUUACGUGCCCGUUAUACGCUCCGUGGACAAUGCUGUGCCGCCGAAAAUUGGUCAACCGUUUUCUGCCAGCAAUCCACCGAAUCUCAACUGUGAUCCACUGAGCCCUGAGGUUAAAAUAGAAGCUUUAGCCGGUCCAAUGAAUAAGGAGCAGGCCAAUCAAUUCUGCCGUCGGUGGAAAACGCCACCACGCCUGGGUAGCAAUGCUGCAUUGUCGCCGGUUACUUAUAAUUUGUUUAUUUCUCCCGUUAAAGCGCGCUGUGUUAAUGGUACACCAUGUAAGGCAUCACUCGCUAACAUCAGUAACGGCAGUCCUACUCUCGGCACACCACUCGCAAAAGCCAAUCGCCGCGCACUGUUCAAUUCUACGCCACGUCGUGCCAGUUGUGAGGCAGUUAACGAAAAUGGCGUUGCUAAUGACACUUCUUCGUUAGUUGAUAAACAGAAUGGUAAUCAUAAGAAUCAUGAGGAAAGUGUCGAAACAAAAAAUACUACCACGAAUUCCACAACAACAAUCGAACAAGAAAAAAACAAUAAUAGCCGUGAACAAUUAACCUCGCAGAGCACGGACAUAAAUAUUUUAAAGAAUUUAACAUCGCAAAAUACACCAGUGUUACAAAUGAAACGUGAACUAUUCUUCACCUAUCGCGAUCCCAAUCCUAAUACACCAGUCGAACGCAAAGCGCCCGAAUUUAUCGAACCCGCUAAUACCACUUUGCUCGACGAGCUGGAUAUUAGCGCCAUUAGCGAAAAUAAUGAAAACCAGCCGUUGGAGCAGCCGCAGCAGCAAGCAAUCAAAUUAAAAGGCAGCAUGCUGAAGACGGCGCUAUGCCGCAAGAUGCCAUUAAUCAAGGAUAAUUUCAACACUUAUCGUGAUUAUAGUACAGCUUCCUCACCAGACUCGGACUGUUGUAAUGAUUCGUUGCGUAGUUUGUUGUUGAUUGAGCCUGAACAUUAUGACAGUCCGGGCUUCAAAGAGCGCCAUAUCAAAAUCACAGAUACCGAAAAGGGUUUGGAAUUAAUCGGACGCGAAUUGGCAAAGGAACAGAAUGUCGAAUGGCGCGAAUAUUGGGACUUCUUGAAUUCCUUCAUCAACAUCGCUUCUGAGGAUGGUUUGAACAAACUCGAAAACUACUUCGGCCAACGCCUCAAGGAUGAGGAAAUGACAAAGAAAACGGCACAGGCCAUGGCGAAAUCGGCUGUAAUUUUAGACAGCGUUUGCAAUGCACUGGAUAAGUUGCAUUUUCCAGAAAAUGGCAGUUUACAUGAUUUUCGUAAUGGUUUCAAUAAUGAUCGGGCGCGCUACGCCAACAUGACUGGCACCGGUGAGAUAUCCACAACGGCGCCACAGUCCACAACCCCCUACACAUGUGUUGAGAAAUCCGUGCAAGUGUUCGCCAAACGCAUGACCAAGACCAUUAUACAUAACAUGGAUAACAUGGUGUCCAUCAAUGACACACUUCUGUCUGAAUUGAAAAGACUGAAAUCGUUAAUAUGUAGUUUUAAGGAGGAUACGCGAUUCCUAAAUGUUAAUUUCUCCAAAGUACAUUCGAGAAUUGGCAAUUUAAUUUCAAUUUAUUUGGCAAACUCACAAGAGGUCACGCCGGCAAUGAAAAUAAAACUUCGGGGUAUUAUCAAAAACAUGCUUGCGCCCGGUGAACGGCGUGAACACAUCGAAUGCGUUUGCUGGCGAAUACUUAACAUGUUGGAGUCGCCAACUGCUCAAAUACUGCCCGAACAACUUAAAACCGAGGAGAUGUGUUCGCACGAGUGGGAGAAGGAGCGUGAAUGCGAGUGCCAAUGGGAGACUAAUCUCAGUCGCAAAACGAGCCGAAGAAAUCGCAUGGAGGCGCGUUAUCGCAGUCAUCAGCAGGCUAGGCAGCAUCAUCAACAACAACAACAGCAGCAGCAACAACAACAACAAGAUACACAGAAAUCGCAACAAACUAAUGCAGAUAAUGGCAUUGAAUGGCGUGAUCCUUUGCCAUGCACUGACACAGAGACCGUCACACUAAAUGCAAAGAAUGCCAAAGAACAGUGGCGCGAUCCCGUCGAUUACAAUGAAGGCGGCGAGCGGUGGCGCGAUGUUAAUAUACGCGAUGAGUCGCCAGACAACGAUGUGUUUUGGUCCGAUUUUGGUGACACUGAUUCCGACAAUGAAGAAGAGGUGUGGGCUACACCACCGGAAAGUCCAUCACACUGGAGUCUAUUGGAUGAACCCGUGGUGGAGACAUUCAAAAUAUUUAUAUAUGGAAAUGAACCGACGAAACGGGAUGUCGACGUACUGAAUGCCAUCAUGCAUAUCGAUAUCGAUACCACAAAAUACGCCAAUAUACACUCGUGGAAAACGGCUAUGCUACGUUUUCCGAAAGAAGAAAUGGAUGCUUUUCCAUCGCUAUCCAUUGUAAAGAAGUCGCACUCGUUUACGUCAACGCGUACACCGACCCGUAAGGAAUUUCCGCUUACGCCGUUUGCCCAACGGCAUGCCAUUUCGAAAAGUGUUACCAGCACACCACUCACAGCCAAGUUAACAGGAAGAUCGGCAUUUCCAGCACAACCACUGCAUGCAACAGCAACAACAACAAUAAUCAAUCAACAGCGUGCACUGCCAACAACAGCGAAGCGGUUCUUUGCGCGUCAAACGCUCGCCAACCUCCUGGCGCCAUUCCACGCCAACAACACACACUAACAACUGCUGUUAAAGACGACGUUUGGAGUGUGCAGCUUGCGCGUGUUUUCCAUUGAGACUUACAAAACUCAUAUUAAUUACGAUUUACACUCGCGCAGUGAGUGCGUUCGUUUUGGCUAACCACUCUAAUAUUUGUACAUUUAUAUUAUAGUUUUGGCUGUUUCUUAAUUUAUUUGAUUUCGAAUUUACUAAUUGCAGCAUCUUAAUGCGCAUUUUGAAAGCAUAGAGCUGCAUUUCUUGUUGGCUUAUUUUAUUAAUAUUAAUUUUGUACGUUUUUUUUUUUAUUGGAAUGUUCUUUUGCAGUUACGAAAACAAAAAAUGUUGUCUUUGAAUUUUAUAAACGAAAUGUUCUCCAUAAUUACAUAAUUAUUAUAUAAUUAUAAUUACUAUGCUAUAUUUUAUUCAAACCGUGUUACCACAUGAUUUUAUAGUAUUACACUGAUUAAAUAUUUAGCUGCCCAUUUUUACUUGUCUUUGAGAAACUUAAUGAACGUUACGCAGUUAAAGGCUGAUUUUUUAACUUAUAUACUAUACAUAUAUGAAUACAUUAAUAUUAUAUAAUUGAAUUAAAUGCAGUGUCAACUAAUGGCUAAUCAAAUAUUGUUGAGUAAACUAUUUUGUCCUUUAAUUGCAAUUCCGUCUAUAUGUCUGUGUGUGUGCAAGAAUCGCAUGUUGGGCCGAAUAACAAUUAUUUGAAGAAUUAAAAUACUUAAAAAAUGUAUUUCUGCAUACAAAGUUAUGUGUUUUGUAAUAAUCAAAA